GAGCCUAUGAUGCUCUUAACACGUACCACGUGUUCCGAGGCCUGGCGUUUAAAAGGGCCUUGACGCACCCGGGCGCGGGGGCACAGGCACCGCGUCCCCUCCCGCCCCGCGGCGCGCGGAGACGCCCCACGGCGGAGCCCGCGCGUGUCUGUGCAUGGCAAUCAUUUCAAGCAAAGUCAACCGAAAAUCUGAGUCAUUACACCAGGCACCUGUGUAAGGAAACUGGACCAUAAAAAUUCACCAUGGCUUAUGGCUUGCCAAGAAAGAACACAAUGGAAACCAUCUUGCGGUGCAAUUGUUAUGAAGUCCAGGACCCCUGGGAACUUGCACUGCUUACAGAGACCUGGCACACCAAACUAACCAGCAUCAAGUUGCCUUUCUUGGAAGAAAUUGCAUUUGGUAGUUUGAUGCGCCUCAAAAGAUGUCAAACCAACGAGGAUGGUGUGCUUCCUUCAGCAGAAUCCAUCCGACUUGAAAGGGAGUGUGAAAUGAGGCGCUUGAAUAACCUGAACCAUCAGGAGAAUACAGCCGAGGAGGUUCAGUUUUCCCUGAGGGCAAGGCCGGGUGGCUUGAGAAGACCGCUUCCGCCCAAGUGCUGGGCGUCUCGUAGCUGAGUCUGCGCUCUGUGCCUUCCGCUUCCAAAGAGCACCAAGGGCCCCGACCUCGCACUGUGUGAAGUCG